GCUUGAGUUCAGCAGCUUCCCGGAGGGUCUCUGCAGCGACCAAUUUCUUCCUCUCCACAACCCUAAGCCAGCCAGCUGGAGCAACCAGCGAUGGCGACCUCGAUGGCCUCUCAACGACAAAUCAAGGGAAUCCUGAAAAACAAGACCCCAGCGUCUUCCCUGGUAGUGGCCUCAGCUGAACAGGCCCAACUGACCUUCAAAAAGCUGAAUAAGAAGACCCAGAAGUGGAAUGAAGUUAACUUCUUAUCAACUUAUCAUCCAGCUGACAAAGAUUACAGACUGAUGAAAACAGGUAUACCAAACACUCUAUACCAUAAUUCGAUGGCUUAUGCUGAAGAUGCUGAUAGUGAUUCAGAAUGCCAUGAAAUGUUGAGUCCAGAUUUCUUAGACAAGAAAUUAGGUGUUGGACCAAAUGAUUUGGAUCUCGAAGAAGAAAGUAGUGGAGACGAAGAAAAUCACCUUUCCCCUCAAGAGCUAGAAAAGAAGCGGCAGUUUGAAAUGAAAAGGAAGCUUCACAGCAACGAAGGACUAAAUAUUAAAUUCGCUAGACUGCUAAUUUCGAAAGACCUACAUGAUGAUGAUGACGAAGAUGAAGGAAUGUCAGAGACUGCAGACUGAGAAAGCAACAAUAUUGACGAGUCGAAUCAAGGAUCUACCGAAAGUGACCAUCUGCAACUGAAAUCACAAAGUUCAUAAAAGAAAUGUGUU